UGUGAGCAGUAGGCGAGAGAGAAAGAGUAAGUGCAAGAAACAUUUUCGUUGUAGAGUGGAGGUAAACAAAUUCAAGUGGAAAAAAUAAUGUCACCCAGUGUUAGCAAAGUAUUACAAGUGGACGAGGAAAUGGCAAACAAUGAACCGCCAGCUGCUUGCCAGAGCUGCAGUGGCCAAGAGCCACGAUCAACACCCGUAGAGGUCGAAGAUAUGGCCACACCGGCCUUGGAGAAGUUGAUACGCAAAGCAAGCAUAGCCCAACAAAUGCUGGAAGAUGUAAUGAAGCAACUACAGAAACAGCGUUCCAGCUCGAUUACACCAUCGCAGCGGUCUAGUAGAAGGACAGAAGGAAAAAAACAUAAGGGCCGACAUCAUCAUCAUCAUCAUCAUCGUCAUUCUCAAACGAGUUCAAGUUCCAGCUCCAGUGAUGGCAAUGCCAGUGAUUGUGAGCUUAUCGCCGUUGAGUUGGAGAAACGUUUGGAUGAGGAAUUUCAGCCCAGGAGGAGACACAUUCGAGAGGAUCGCAAGCGUGACCGUUCCCGCUCACGUGGACGUUCUCGUGGUCGUUCCCGUGGUCACUCACGUGGCCGUUCUCAUGGACGUUCUCGUUCCAGAUCCUACACAGAUACUCGACGACGCAGUGCAUUGCCAUUGGCUCUGCCCUUGGCGCUUUCUGUGUGAGUAGCUGCCCUCAUAUUCUAUUAGAUAUUAAGUAAAUAAAAGAGUAAACAAAAAAAAUCUCAAAAAAUAAGAACAAAUAAAAAAUA